CUAACAGGUCCCCUCUCAGUCGGUUAAACCCUUUCCAAAAACCGUUACUCUUUCCAUCAGAUCUCCGUUGUUAUCAGUCUUUCUCACCAGUCACCAGUCACCAAUGGCGGCGACUUCAUCCGCCCUCUUCAUCUCCCCCAACCUCCACAGCCGCCGCCACCGGAUCACUUCCGGCAUCCACUCUCCCAAACCCGCUCCCCAUUUUGUCUCAAUAACCAGACCCAGAGCCUCCGUUUCCUCUUCUCCCUCCUCCGAUCCUUCCAAAACGACGCCCACCACCACCACCAAUCCGACGAAAGGCUCCAGCAUCCGCGACGAGGCCCGCCGCCACAACCUCGCCCACCCACAACCAUCCAACAAUUUCUCUGCCAAGUACGUACCCUUCAAUGCCGGACCCAACUCCACCGAGUCCUACUCGCUCGACGAGAUCGUCUACCGAUCCCAAUCCUUCGGUCUGCUCGACGUCCAGCACGACAUGGAAGCGCUCAAGGCGUUUCCAGGUUCUUACUGGAAGUCCCUGUUCGAUUCCCGCGUCGGGAAGACGACCUAGCCUUACGGAUCAGGGGUUUGGUCGAAGAAAGAGUGGGUGUUGCCGGAGAUUUCGAGCGACGACAUUGUGAGUGCUUUUGAAGGCAAUUCGAAUCUGUUCUGGGCGGAGAGGUACGGGAAGGAGUUUUUGCAGAUGAGUGAGUUGUGGGUCAAGCAUUGUGGGAUCAGCCAUACGGGGAGCUUUAAGGAUUUGGGGAUGACUGUAUUGGUGAGUCAGGUGAACAGGUUGAGGAAGAUGAAGAAACCGGUGCACGGAGUUGGAUGUGCUUCCACCGGCGAUACUUCUGCUGCUUUAUCUGCUUACUGCGCUUCAGCUGGAUUAAAAAACAUAUCUUAUCAAGACCAUUAACCUGGUGGUGGCGGUGGCGUCAGACAAUCAACUGGUGCUCUAUAUAAAAUAACUGGAAAAGGAUAUCGUUCAUUGGACAUUCAAAGACACGGGAAAGCAGUUUUGUUGUAUAGCAAUGUGCCAUCACAAGUCAAAAAGUCAAUCAAAAGUAUGAAAUCAGUAGUCAAUAUAUUUUUUUUUCUUAAUUCUAUGGUGCUUAAGUAGUCUCCAACUUGAGAGAGUUAUUUUCUGAGUAGUGAUGAGCCAUAAGAAAAUGGAAAAGAAGCAGCAGAAGAAGAUCAUGGAGCAAGAGUUCAAGGGCCAAACGAGGUUACCCAAAUUUGCAAUCCCAAAAAGUUACAAUCUUUACCUUCAACCUGACCUCUUCGCCUGCAACUUCUCUGGUACUGUAGAAAUCAGGCUCACCAUCACUGAACCCACAAGCUUUAUCGUUUUGAAUUCCCUUGAACUCAUAAUUCAUGAAGCUUCCUUCACCAGUGAGUCUAAUGACCAGAAGUGCCUUCCAAUUGACGUUGUGGUGGAUGAUGAAGAUGAGAUACUUGUGUUGCCCUUCGACGAACCGAUUUCAGUUGGCGAUGGUGUCCUUAAGAUUGAGUUCUCUGGGUCGCUUAACGAGCAUCUGAGAGGGUUUUACAGAUGCACUUAUUUGGAUGGAGAAACCAAGAAGAACAUGGUGGCAACACAGUUUGAAGCUGUGGAUGCUAGGAGGUGUUUCCCAUGCUGGGAUGAACCUGCUCUUAAGGCAACUUUCAGGGUAGCCAUAGACGCUCCAGUGGAGCUAACAGCAUUGUCAAACAUGCCGGUUGCUGAUGAAAAGAUUCAUGGGAAUAUCAAGACAGUUACUUUUCAGGAAUCUCCCCUCAUGUCAACUUAUUUAGUAGCCGUUGUCCUUGGUGUAUUUGAUCAUGUUGAACAGACAACCUCAGAUGGGAUUAAGGUUCGCGUAUAUUGCCCUAAAGGGAAAAGAGAUGAAGGGAAAUAUGCUCUUAGCCUUGCUGUCAAGUCACUUGAUCUGUUUAGUCAAUACUUCUCAAUGGGAUAUCCACUUCCUAAGCUUGAUAUGGUUGCUGUCCCUGAGUUUUCUGGUGGAGCUAUGGAGAACAAUGGUCUCAUAAUCUUUCGCGAGAACGAGUUACUUCAGAAUGACCUGAUGUCUUCAGCUUCCAGGAAGCAAAGGUUGGCAAUUGUUAUGGCACAUGAAGUAGCACACCAUUGGUUUGGCAAUCUGGUUACAAUGGAAUGGUGGACUCAUUUAUGGCUUAAUGAAGGCUUUGCAACUUGGAUAAGUUACUUAGCAACAGACAUUAUGUUUCCGGAAUUGAAAAUAUGGGCUCAGUUUCUUCAAAUGGUCACGAGUGGCCUACGGAUCGAUGCACUUCAAGGAUCACAUCCAAUUGAGAUAGAGGUGAAGUAUGCUCGGUUGGUGAACGAAACCUUCGAUGAUGUCUGCUACAAAAAGGGGUCUUCUGUUGUCAGAAUGCUGCAGGGCUAUCUUGGAGAUGCCAUUUUUCAGAAAUCCUUGAGUGCAUACAUGAAGAGAUAUGCUUGGGGAAAUGCCAAGACAGAAGAUUUGUGGAGUGUUCUGUCAGAAGUGUCAGGUGUUCGGGUAAACUCGAUGAUGGACAGUUGGACAAAGCAGAAAGGAUAUCCAGUCAUCUCUGUCAAACUUAAAGAUCAGUUCUUGGAAUUUGAACAGGCUCAAUUCUUAUCAUCGGGGCAAGCUUCCAAUGAUGCUAACUGGAUAGUUCCAAUCACCUUGAUCCUUGGAUCUUACAAGAGAAGGAAGACAUUCUUGUUGGAAACAGAAGUUGGAAGGUUUCACCUGUCUGAUCUUGAUCAGUCCUCCAAUGGAGAUCCAAUCUCGUUUGGUGAAGAUCUAUGGAUCAAAGUUAACGUCGAGCAAAGUGGGUUCUACAGAGUGAAAUAUGAAAACAAACUGGCAGCAAGGCUGAAGAAGGCUGUAGUGGACAAUCAGUUAUCAGCAACAGAUAAAUUUGGAAUUCUGGAUGACGUAUUUGCUCUUUGUGAAUCUUGUGAACUUCCAUUAUCAAAUUUGCUGUCCCUCAUGGAUGUGUACAGAAAGGAGCUUGACUAUGCCCUUCUGUCAAGACUCAUGGAUAUAUGUUACAGCAUUCUAGAGGUCUCCACAGAUGCCAUUCCGGGUUCAGUCAAUGAUCUGAAAGCAUUCUUCAUCAGUCUCCUCCAAUUCUCUGCAGGGUAACAGGCAUCAUCCGUCGCUUCGCCUAAUCCUGAUGAGGUUAGGAUUUCAAAAUUCCUCAACAACCCUCCUUAACAAAGGUUUCCUCUAUCUUUUUUUUGGCUUGAGAUAGGAAACUGGGGUGGGAAUCAGUUCCAGGAGAGAGCCAUUUGGAUGCACUUCUGAGGGGAGAAAUUCUCCUUACAUUGGCUGUUCUAGGACAUGAUGGAACCAUCAACGAGGCAAUGAACCGAUUCGAGGCUUUCUUAAAUGACAGAAACACACCCUUCCUUUCAGCUGACACAAGAAAGGCUGCAUAUGUUGCUGCAAUGAGGAAUUCGAACAGCACGAACACAAAGAGAGACGGGUUCGAGUCAUUGCUGAAGAUCUAUAGAGAAUCUGAUGCAGUCCAAGAGAAAGAACGUGUCUUGCGUUAAGGACAAUCCAAACUUUUACUCUAGACUAAAGAUUGAUUAGUAUCACCAUUGAUCAUAGUCUUCUAUAUUUCUGAUUGCGCGCAAAUGCAGGCUGCAUAGCGACUUCAUCAGAUCCAGAAGUCGUCGAAGAUGCCCUCAACCUGUUAGUAGUCUCUGAUGCAGUAAGAGAGCAAGAUAUAGUCUAUGGAUUGGCUGGAAUAAGCCUAGAAGGCCGUGAAAUGGCAUGGAGAUGGCUGAAGGAGAAGUGGAGCUUCAUCUUGAACAAGUAUGGUGAUGGAUUGUUGAUCACGCAUUUUGUCAGAGACAUAGUCUCACCUUUUUGUAGCCACGAGAAGGCCGACGAGAUCGAGGAGUUCUUCGCAGAGCACUGGACAGGAGCGAUCGAUAUGAACUUGAAGCAGAGCAUAGAGAAAGUGAGAAUCAAAGCCAGGUGGGCUGAGAGCAUUGUGAAGCAAGAAAGCUCCAUUGAAGAACUUGUCCAACAACUUACCUACAGCAACAAGUAAACUAUAAUAUACAAUAAUAAUGUGGGGGGAGAGGUUGGUCAUUUUGGUUUGGUUAUCUUGUUAGUCUUGAAUUUAAAACGUUUUGGUGACACAUUAUUAUUGUUAUUGUAUGGUCAAAAGCAAAACAUGGAAACUGUGUGGAAAAAAGGUUGUCUCCAACCUGGUUUUGAUGGGAACACUGUUGUAAUUGAUUGCAAGGCAAGUCAUUGGCUGGGUUGGGUUGGGUUAGAAUAAAAACCAACCAUUUUCCAUGUGUAUUCUAUAUUAUUUUUCCAAUUUUAAUUAAGACUUUGUAGCUUUCCAUGGUUAA